UCAAAAUUACAAAAUGUAAACAAUAAUAAACAGUAAAUAUUUCGGCAAUACAUUCAAAAUUUUGGUAUCAGUUUUAAGAAAAUGUCAAAAAAAGAAGUGAUUCACAUACAUAUUGGCCAGGCUGGUGUACAAAUAGCAAACGCUUGUUGGGAACUGUAUUGCCUGGAGCACGGCAUACGACCUGAUGGAUUUUUAGCUUAUGCAGAUGACCAAGCUAGCUACGGUUCAUUUUUUAAUGAAAUUGGAGCCGGUAAACUUAUCCCAAGAGUUGUCAUGAUCGACUUGGAACCAACUCCCAUCGACGAAAUUAGAACUGGAACAUACAGACAGCUAUUUAAUCCAACAUCUCUACUCACUGCUAAAGAAGAUGCGGCGAGUAACUUUGCACGUGGAUAUUUUAGUAUCGGCAGGGAAAUGAUCGAUUUGGCCUUAAAUCGCAUCAGAAUUGCAGCUGAAGAUUGUAAUUCUCUUCAAGGCUUUAUUAUAUUUCGAUCAUUUGGAGGAGGCACUGGCUCAGGGUUCACCGCUCUGUUAUUAGAGGGAUUAGUAAGAGAUUACGGAAAAUUAACAAAAGUAGAAUAUGCCGUUUAUCCGGCUCCAAGGAUUUCGCCGAUCAUAGUUGAACCAUAUAACGCUGUCCUCACAUCGCACGCGUGCAUGGACACAGAAGACGUUUGUUUCAUUUUUGAUAACGAAGCCUUAUAUGAUAUUUUAGCAAGAUCUCUAGAUGUACCAAGACCUACAUAUACAAACUUAAAUAGGCUCAUUGCACAGGUGGUAUCGUGUAUGACAGCUUCUAUGAGAUUUGAAGGUUCCUUAAAUGUGGAGUUGGUGGAAUUUCGGACAAAUUUAAUACCUUAUCCGCGGAUACACUUCCCUCUAAUUACAUUUGCACCAUUCUUGUCUGCGUCUCGAGCUAUGCACGAAGCCAAUUCAACGAGUCAACUCAUAAUGUCUUGUUUCGAACCAGCCAAUCAAAUGGUUAAAUGCGACCCACGGCAAGGAAAUUACAUGUCUUGUUGCUUGCUCUUCAGGGGUGAUAUUAAUCAAAAUGAUAUAAACGCGGCCAUUAAUCAAAUAAAAAGUACUAGAACUAUAAAGUUUGUUUCAUGGUCACCUACAGGAUUCAAGAUUGGUGUAAACUAUCAACCCCCACUAACGGUACCCGGAGGAGAUUUGGGCGCCUUGCAAAGAGCUGUUGUAAUGGUAUCUAACUCUUCGGCAAUACGCGUUGCGUGGGAGCGGUUGUGCAAAAAGUUUCAUCUAAUGUACGCUAAAAGAGCUUUUGUUCACCACUAUGUUGGAGAGGGUAUGGAAGAAGGGGAAUUCACUAGCGCAUAUAGAAACAUAAGAGCAUUGUCUAAUGAUUAUAAGGAAAUGGAAACAUAA